AUGACAGGAUCGUUGGAUCCCUCUGUUCCGCCGGAUUCCAAGGAGAACACCGGCAGCAGCGAUAAAAUGAUUGUGACUCCCAUAGUAUCUGAGGGAAUUAUUCGCCUGGACGUGGACGAAGCUUCUCGGAAGGCGGCCUUUCCGUCUCUGUCAUUCGCGGACCCGCCAGCCAGGGAGCAACGACUAGGAGGCGGUAAUUCGGAUAACGAGGAGCUCUCAAUCGAGGACGUCCUUGCAGGAGUCGCUGCUUCUGUGGAAUUCAGUUUGCGAAACGACCAGCAAGUGGUUACCAUCCAGGUUCGUGAAUUCAACCGUUUGAAUGCGAAGACCAGAUACAUCCAU